GACUUUCAAAUUGUUACCUUAUAAAUGAGGGCUUGUUUGAACUCAUUAUAUCUAAUUUUAUAAGGAAAACAAAUCUUUACUAGUAUAAUAUUAUUCGCUAUCAAUUAUGGACUUUGACCGGAUUUUUUUCUCUAUUAUAGCCUAUUCAAAGAGCUAAGAGCAUAUUUAAUGCGAAGAAGUUCCUAGGACGGAGUUUUUAACGGGAUAUAAGAAACCGUCUCUUAACGUUUAACUAAAAACGCUAAAAACUGACUCUUAGAUAAGAUAUUUAAAAGCUGGUUUUUAGUUUUUUUAGUUAAAAACUAAGAGACGAUUUUUAUAUUUCGUUAAGAACUCCACCAUAAAAACCUACAUCAAUCAUGCUCCUUGGAUGCUAAGAGAACAUAUAUAUAACUUUAAUUUUUAGCUGUGCAUUUUCUUUAAUUCAUUCGCUAUAGAAUAAACAAAAGGUCAUUGGAAAGAUACGUAUUUUAUUUAGUUUUUUUUUUAACUUGAACUAAACCCAAGAAUUGAAAAGAUAUUUACUAGAUUUAAUCGAGGAAAUCCAUUGUAUAAAAAUCCAUGAUUACAACACAAGACAUGUAUAAAAAAGUCCACACAUCUAAAUUUGAUAUGAGAACCAAAACAAUUCUCAAAAGCUAUUUUUAUUGGUAAAAUGUUAAGUUACAAUUCUCAGCUAACAGUCAGACUUGAAAGUUUCAGUCUUGUUAGGUCGUAUCAAGUAGUUGGACCGACUUAAUAGACAUUUGGAGUACAAUUAACUAUACAACGCGAUAUAAACUUUUAAAUAUAUUGUCUUUGUUUUUUGGGUCUAAUAUAUUGUCUUUGUUCAUUAUAAAAAGAGAAGAUAAAGUUACUUUUACGUAACGCAACAGAAGUUAGCGGUUGGUCGAUGCACAGAUAUGGUGUGAAUUUAAUGUCUUGCAUAUCUCCCUAUCUCUCUUCCACAAUUAUAUACUAUAUGAAUUAUUUAUGCUUACGUAUAUGUUAUUUUCCUACCUUUAAACAUUCAUUCAUGACCAAUGUAAAUUCUCUGAAGUCUGAAUAAUUGUAACCUUUUAAAUAACAAGUUAACUUGAUUAAUUCCACAUUGCGUAUAGUUGACAUAAUCCUACCAUAUAGAUUACAUUAAGUAUAUGCAAAUAAACUAGUCUUGCAAGUGAAGUGAAAAGCAGCUGUUUGAUGAGUAGCAGCUAAGAAUGUGAAGAUGUUCUUCACAAAAAAAGCCGUCAAUGAUAUUGCAAUGAUCUACAACCAGUUCUCAUUCCAGUUUUCAGUUUAUUCCGUGAAACUAAUCCAUUCUCGACUGAAACAGCUUCCUGAAAAUGAAUACCUUCAGACUUCUGUUAAACAAAUAAACAGAAUGAUCAGCCAUGGAAAAGAUGUUCCACACACCAUUCAUAUCCUUGAUGGGCUUGAUAAGAAAUGAGCAGCAAACAUUCAGGUUUGGUGUAUGAUUUAGCCGUUUAGGAGUUAGUCACCGAAAUUUGAGAAACUUAAUUGGUUCUGACGAUAAGAAACACAAGCAGUUUUGCACUUAUUAAGUUCUUUAGCUAGUCCAUUGUAUACAUCAAAACUGAAAGUUUUCAUUUUAUCACAUAUGGAUGUAAAGAGGGAUGCGAUUGCAGAUAAUAUAGUACUGCAAUACAAUAUCAGAAAAUCAAGAACGAGUGAAACCAGAGAGAAAGAGCCAAAACUGUAAGGGAAUUUUUUUUGUAUUUGACCUAGUUUGUAUUCUAUUAUAUAGAGCUCAUAUUAUUUCUUCAACACAUAGCUCGAAUAGAAGAGGUUGAGAAAUGUAGAUCUCAUCACUCACACCAAAGGCAAAGUGAUAUUCUCAAACAUCAAGAGAACAAACAAUGCAAAUGAAUUGUAUUUAAGAGUCUGAUCAUCAUCUUGCUUCUCAAAUUUAUGUACUCCAGAAAAAUAUAUCAAAAUCCGAGGAAGCUCCAUAAGUUAUAUUUUCAACAUAGUAAGUUAGAGCAGGAUUAUCCCUCGUAUUUAGGGGAGAUCUUAUGAUUAAAAGAAAAUCAAAAAGAAAAUUACAAGGUAAAGACGUUUCUUAUUUGGGGUAAAGAAGAAACGUGUUUAUGGAACACGUGUAAGCAAAAUGAGAGGAGAGAAGGGGAGCGUGUCUUUGUUUCGUCAUUUCUCUCUUUCUCGAAACCGAAUCAUCUCCUUUCUCUCUCUCUCGAAACCGAAGCUCGGAGAAGGCGAUUCUCCUAUUCUCACCGCGGAUCGUCGACAUACCGGCGAUACUCCCUGUCUCCACACCUCCUAACGGAAUCCUCUGUCUCUGUGGCUCGUGUGACUAUGCGAUUAUCCCUCUCUCGCCGUGGAUCAACUGGAAUCGGAAGGUUCAAUUCUGUCUUGCGGUGGCUCUCCUCGACGGCUGACGGAUCUCUCUGUCUCUCGGUGGCUCUCCUCGACGGCUGACGGAGCUAUCUGUCUGGCGGUGGCUGUCCUCGACGGCUGACGGAGCUCUCAGCCGAUGGCUCUCUGCGAAUCGCUCAGGUAAAGCUUAUGUUCCAUGUUCUUCAGUCAUACAUGUCUUAGGUUCAAAUAUAUUAUUUCAAUCUCGUUUUGUUUAUUGGUUUUGAUUGGGCUUCUCUGUGGUGAUUAAUUUUAUUAUUUGUUUGUGUCUUUUGGUUCUGUCUUUUGCGUGCUGAGAUGAAGGGAUCAAAUCGCGUUGAGAUGGCUGGAUCAAACGUGCUUAAGCACGGGUCAUUUGACAGAGGAAUACGCAGCAUCAAAGGUAGCGGGAAAGGAGAGGCUACAUUGGAGAGGAGCAUCACGGGUUCUUUUAUUUGUGUCAGUUUGUAUUGUAUCAGUUUGUGUCAGUUUGGCUUGUCUCGGCUUGAUUCAGUGUGUCACGGGUUUCAGUGUGCAUGUGCAUCACGCAGUUUGUAUUAUUUGAUCACACAAUACCAACUACUUGAACAAAUAAACACACGUUUCACACAUUACCAAUACCAAUACCAACUACAUUUGAUCAUUUGUAUUAUAUAAUUCACUGUUAUUGCUCUCUACUUCUAAUUAACAUCACGCAAACUCAUCUACUCUCUAUUUCUAACAAAACCAAAUUCAUCUUCUCUCUAUUCUCUCUACUUGUAUCAAGCAUACUCAUCUUCUUCUUUUUUCCUCUCUUUGAUCACAAGUUUAUAAAACUCUUUAAUCAUUUCUAUGGCUUCUUCUUCUCAAAACACAUUCGAUGAAUCAUCUGAUGAUACAUUUGAUGACAUAUUUGAUCAAAAAUUUGAUGAAAAAUUUGAUCAAUUCUUUGAUCAAGCGUUUGAUAAUUUAAAUAUUAGUGGUGGUCAAAAAAAAAAAAAAACCCCGAGCUUAUAUCGAAAGAAAUCGCGAAGAGGGGCAUAUUCAUUUAUGGAAUGAUUAUUUCUGUGAUACUCCAACGUAUCCUGAUAAUUUAUUCCGACGACGUUUUCGAAUGAACAAGCCAUUGUUCAUGCACAUUGUUGAUCAACUCUCCAACGAAGUUCUAUAUUUUCGGGAAAAAAAAGAUGGUCUCGGAAGGAUUAGUCUCUCUCCUCUUCAAAAGUGCACCGCAGCCAUUCGUGUCUUGGCGUAUGGUUCUGCAACUGAUGCGGUCAACGAAUACCUCCGGCUCGGUGAAACAACAACUCGGUUAUGUGUGGAAAAUUUUGUAGAAGGAAUAAUAUAUUUGUUCGGCGAUGAGUACUUAAGAAGACCAACACCGGCUGAUCUUCAACGUCUACUUGAUGUUGGAGAAUAUCGUGGAUUUUCCGGGAUGAUAGGAAGCAUCGAUUGUAUGCAUUGGGAGUGGAAGAAUUGUCCAACCGCUUGGAAAGGGCAAUAUUCUCGUGGUUCGGGUAAACCAACAAUCGUUUUAGAGGCGGUUGCUUCAUACGAUCUCUGGAUAUGGCAUGCAUUUUUUGGACCUCCAGGUACAUUAAAUGAUAUCAAUGUUCUUGAUCGUUCACCUGUUUUUGAUGACAUAAUAAAAGGUGAAGCUCUGAAUGUCACUUUCUCUGUCAAUGGAAGAGAGUAUCAUAUGCCUUACUAUCUCACCGACGGUAUUUAUCCGAAAUGGGCAACUUUUAUCCAAUCUAUUCCUCUACCACAAGGGCCGCAAGCAGUUUUAUUUGCUCAACGUCAAGAAGCUGUCCGAAAAGAUGUCGAGCGUGCUUUUGGAGUCCUGCAAGCUCGCUUUGCCAUUGUUAAAAAUCCAGCGCUGUUUUGGGAUAAAGUCAAAAUUGGCAAGAUUAUGAGAGUAUGUAUCAUACUCCAUAAUAUGAUAGUAGAAAACGAACGAGAUGGAUACACUCAAUAUGAUGUUUCAGAAUUCCAGCAAGGAGAAGACAACGGAAGUUCACAUGUCGAUCUCACGUAUUCUACAGAUAUCCCUACAAAUAACGCAAACCAGAUGGGUGUUCGGAUAAGAAUUCGUGAUAGACAAAUGCAUCAACAACUGAAAGAUGAUUUGGUUCAACAUAUAUGGCAUAAAUUUGGACGUGAUGAAAACAACAACUCAGCUCAUAUGCUUAUUUCAAAUAAUUCUUGUUUAUUUUACUAAUCUUUAUUUUCAUGUUUUAAUUUUAAAAUCUAUGUUUAAAAUGUUAUCUUUUAUAUAAUAAAAAAUUAAUUUAAUAAAAAAAAAUUAAAUAUUUUUUUAAGAAACCCUAAAUAAUAAACUUGCAAUGGAGGAAAAAAAAUACAAAGUUUUUAAACAUGUCUCUUACCAAAAUUAACUCCUAAAAUACUAUUAAAAAUAAAUUAAGAGACCCAUUAGAGUAUAUGGGAUAAAGAUGCCCUUAGUACUUAGUUGAUUAGUGAUCAAAUUUGUCUUCCUGCUUAGAUUGCAAGUUAAGAUUCAAGAACUAAAAAAGUAGACCAAAGCAACCACUUCCUAACAUAAGCAAAAGCAGGUCGGGUACCCAAGCUGGAGAAGCCCAUCUUACGACCUUUUAUUUUAAUGACAAACUAGAUUUUGACAUGCGCGUCCGCGCGGAUGUUUUCUUUAAUUUUUAAACAUUUUAGAAUAACCCUAUUUUACUAUUUUAUGGUUUUAACAUAUUAGAACGACUUCACUCGACUUCAACUUGUUUGUUCAUGUUUAGCUACUGAAUUUAUUUCUUAAUGAGUAUUUCUUAUAACUGUGUGUGUUAAGUAAUCAUUUUAUUUUGACAAAUAUAUAUAACACAAAAAUACAGCAUAUUUGAGUUUCAAUUAUAUCUUUUAUUAUAUUAAAUCUAGAGAUGGUUAUUUAAAUUUUAAAAUUGUAUAUAAAUAUCAAAAUUUAUUUUUAUUAUAUUCGAAAAUAUAUUAUUUAAAACUACUUACAUAUGAUUUAAAAUAAUAUUAUUUGUUGGUAUAUGUUUUGAUAGAUUAGAUUUAUUGUAAAAAUUUGUUGCAAAAAUAGGUAGUUUAUAUAUAUUUAAAUGUUAUGAAAUUAUAAUAAUAUAGAAAUAAAAUUAAGAAUUGUUUUGAUAAUUUGUCGGCCCAACAAAAGAGAAAUUGCCAAACAUAUUGCACUUCAUCUAUUAUAAAGGCUCAAACCAAAAUUGUUUUUUUUUUUUGGGAAAAAAAAAUAAAAGAAAAUUACCGGAUUUUUUCGUUGUAAGGACUUUUCGUGGUGUCUUAUCUCUUUGUCUUUAGCUGAUAUUUUGCUGCCAACCGCGCGGGUAUUUUCUUCCACUUUUAUAUACGUAUAAAUCUUAUUUUUACAUCGUUAAUAGUAAAUAUUUUUAACAUUGAACAUUUUUUCAAACGUUUAUUAUUUUUUCGAACAAAAUAAUGUUAUAGUCAACAUGUUCCAAUCUAAGUAAUUGUUUCAAACGAUUACAUAUAUUUAUAACUUAGUAUUAUGUAUUUAUUUCAUUGGAUAUGCGUUUGAAUAUUAGACGUCUUCAUAUAUUCAAAGAUUAACUAAUUCAUUUGAGUUAUUUUGUAUUUAACACAUAUAUUAUUUAAAAAAUUAUAAGUAAUAAUUUAAUAUAAUAGUUUAAAUUAUAUGGUUAUGAAAGUUAUUAUUGUUUAGCUAGAUUAUAUAAAGUAGGGUUAGGUAAAAAACGGAGUUCGAAGAACCAAUCUAAUCCAUUCUGAAUCCGAACCUAAAUUGGUUAAAUAUCCGAACAUAAAAUUUUGGUUUCUAGAUAAACGGAACCGAACCCGACCUGAACUGAAGUAUUUCGAGUACCAGAAUCCAAAAUAGAAUUAUAUACCUAAAUAUAUUAAUUAAUUUAGAUGUAAUAUAUAAAAAUAUCCAAAAUAUAUUAGAUAUUUAAAGUUGUCUAAAAUAAUUGAAAAUAUAUACAAAUAGUCAAAAAUAAAUGUAUAAAAUAGCUGAAAAAUACUCGAAAUACCAAAAAUACUUAAAAUAUUUAUUGAUUGUCUAUUCAAAUAUUCAAGCCAACCCAAUUUAAAUGUUAAGUUUAUAAAUUUAAAGUAUAUUAUGCAUUUAAAUUUUUUAAAAAUAAUUUAAAUGGGUUAUUCGAACCCGUAAAAAUCCGAAUAGAAGCCAAACAAAAUUUUAUAAGUAUCUGAAUGGGCCAGGAUUUUUAAUUUCGAAACCCGAAUAGAUUGGAACCAAAUUUGAUUUGACACCCGAAUGCUAACACUUAUAAUGUAUUGCCUAAAUCAAUUUAUAGUUAUGAAGAAUAUUAUGUAUUUAAUUCACUUGUGUUUCAUUCAAACGAAUUUUCAGUUUAUAGUGAUUUGUGGUCAUAUUUUGGAUUGUCAAGAUUAGUUAUGAUGCUAGCAUAAAAAUAGGUAAAUUAUUCUGAAUGUUAUUGAUUUAGGAAAAUACAAAGUUAUCUCCCCACCGUUUUUUUUUGUCAAUCUGUUUUCAUUAAAUUUUAAAGCCCAAAAGUUUAGUACAUAAAGAUUGAUGACAUACAGCCCAAAAAAGUUCAAACACGUGAGUAAGGAUGAUUCUACAAACAAAACACGUGUACUAUUGCGAAAGAAAAUUUCACACGUGACUUCUGAUUAAAGAAGAUGAAUUGCCCAAAAAAAGAAUUGUGGGUCGCCGGUGAACGUCUUUGACCUCCAGUCAUCUUCUCCGGUUACCAUCACCAAUCUUCAAUUGCUUAGAGCUCCAGAAAACAGCCGUGAACAUCAACCCCACCUCCUUUACUAAAUGCCACUGUAUUUAGAGACGCCAUCAAAGACCCCUAAUCUACUUUUCUGAAGCUAGAAUUACCAUAUCGAUCCCUAACAUCUCGAUUUGAUCAACAUGGGAAAACUUACACUAAAAUCCAAGAUUCACAUCCGUGUAUAAUCUCGAUCAAGCAUAAUCAAAGAAAAUCGUGAUCCUUUAAAGAUCCAGUAAUUGUAAAGAGAUGCAAAAGUAGAAGAGAACAUCGGCAAGACGAAAAACGGAAUUCGCGAUUGAACAUGAUAAUCCCAUUAAACGAAAUUCGCUAUCAUUCUCUCUCUGUCGAUUAUACAUAUACACUGACGAAAAAAACUGGUUAUGUCGAUUUAAGUUUGCUGGUUUUGUCAAGUUAUAAAACGACAGUGAAUAACACUCCAUUGUACCGAACGGGAUUGGUUAACGUUUAUUUGGUGUAGGAAAUAGGUUAAAGAAACUGUAAAACUACCGUGUUUUUUGUUAGUGGCAUUUCCUUGUAAUUAUUGAAAAAAACUCAGGGCUAAUUACCAUUUGUACUUCUGUUUUAAUAGUUUAGAUAGAUAUUUCAGCCCAGAUUGCUAAGGUCUCUGAAGCUGCAAAAAUAUAUUUUACUAUAAUUUUUAUAAUCCGGAGUAUUUGGUGUACCAAGAUCCAGCCGACUAAUUUUAUUGGCGCUAGAUAGAUUUGGUUGCUCACAAUGAGAUUUAGAUAUUCAUGUCACAUGACCAUACAAACAGGUAAAUCUAAGAUUUCAAAUUCUAAAUGUUUACCAAUUUUCAAAUCCGCCAUACCAUUCGAUGAUUUUUAAAAUAUUUUAUUACAUUUUUAAUCAGUUAAAACCAUUUAUUUCUAUUAGUUUGCAGCUUUGUAAAUUUAAAACACGCUCUAAACCAGUUUAUAAGCAAUGUUGCAUAGAACUGUAUGUAUAUAGUAAAUUUGUCACAUAUAUUUCAAGUAUAAAAUAAUGUUAAUAGAAACAAGUUAAUUCUGGAACCAAUCAGAAAUCUUGACUUUUUUUUUUAAGAAACAGUUAGCUUUACUUAAGAUUUUCAUCUUCAUAAGGAAAAAAAUCAAUAAUGUGUUUGAAUAAUUUUUGCACAUUUGUAACGUUUGAGCCAACGGUUAAGAUCGAAUCUAUUGCGUAGAUCUUCCCUUGUAAAAACGGCGCGUUAGUCGAUUUCCCAAAGCUAACGGUUUGAUUCAACGGUUAAGAUCAGAUCAAUGGUAUAACGGCGUGUAAGAUCGACGGUUGCUAUUCAAUUUCCUUUUUUUUUUUGAUUUGUCGGCGUAUGAUUCAACGGUUCAGAUCGAAUUAAUGAUAAAUCCUCUGAGUAAGAUUGACGGCCGUUAUUCAAUUUCCUUUUUUUGAUGUUCCCGUAAUUUCCUUUUUUUGAACUAGUAGUGUAUAGUAUAUAGUUUCCUUUUCAUUAAUAUCAUAACCGCUAUUUAAACAACUCCAAAAGUUUCCUUUCUCUCUCAACGAAUCAAAGAUUCACUCUCUAAUUAGGGUUUUGUUUGCAGCGAAGUAAAAAGUAUGAUGGCGUCCAUGGAGUUUGUGAAACCAUUAGGCAAAGGCUCGUAUGGUUCAGUCAAUCUCAUCAAGUUCAAUAAACACGACGGCUCGAAGCCACACUACCACGCCGUGAAAAGCUCGUUCGCGCAUGACUUCGAUUCUCUAUACAACGAGUUUCAGAUUAUCUCCAAACUCAGAGAUUGUCCUGGAAUCGUGCGAACCUUUGGUACAUCUCUGUCGAGAGGAGUCAAUGAUCACGGGAACAGAGUUUACGGCAUGUCGAUGGAGUACGCAGCUGGCGGAAGUUUAACUUCUUUCAUGGAAACAAGGUCGUUGACGGAUACGAUGAUCAGAGACUUCACUCGUAUGAUUCUUGAAGGACUGGUCUCUGUUCAUGAUCACGGAUACGUCCACUGCGAUCUCAAACCGGAUAAUAUUCUCGUGUUUCCACGUGAUGUUAAUGGUGGUGUAACGAAAGAAGUUUCGUACGAGUUGAAGAUUUCUGAUUUUGGGAUGUCGACAGAAGCUGGAGAGGGGUCGGUGUUUUGGGAGUUUGAUUCUCCCUACUUGGGAACGCCUCUUUACAUGUCUCCUGAGUCUGUUCACUACGGCGUCGCCGAGAAGUCGUUAGACUUGUGGUCGUUAGGUUGCGUUGUGUUGGAGAUGUACACAGGACAGUCUCCGUGGCCGUUACAAGACUCGGAGGAGAUUUUGCGUCAUUUGUUGGAUGGGAAGGCGCCGGAGGUUCCAGAGUCUCUUCCUUGGGAGGCAAGGCAGUUUAUAGAAACGUGUUUCGCAAGGAAUCCUGUGGAGAGAGGAAGUGCUUUGGAUAUGUUGAAGCAUCAGUUUCUUCUUUCUGAUGAGAAGAAAGUGAUGGUUACCGUUUCCGGAAGUAGGAGAAAGUCGGUGGCUGUGGUACUGAAGUCUGAGGAUAUUAUGAAGAAGCCACGAAGAUUGAAGAUUAUUCCACCAAAGCCGCCACAGUUUAAGAAAGUUGAGAAUAGACCCUUGAGGUUGAAGAUCAUCCCUCCGAAACCACCAGGAUGCAAUCUCGUUUCUGUUCAGUAGAGUGUGUCAGUGUAUACUGUCGUCUUUGUAGUUGGUGUAGAUCAAGUUAACACACAGUUGUGAAAAUUGCACAGAGGAAACAUCAAGGAGAAGCCAAGACUAGUGAGACGGAGUUUGGUUCUUCUGUUAGCAUUGCCACUUGGGAGAACCAUCUCGUUACUUUUGUUAUAUUUUAGUUCUCCUCUUUAAAUAUGAUGUCUCUGCUUUGUUUAUAUUUGGUUCUACAGAACUUUGUGACAACACUUGGAGAAUUUAUGUUAAUGAGUUUUCUAUUUCUGUUCUCUUUUCAUUGUCAAACAAGAUCUCAAAAGUCUAGCUAAAAAGUGUUUCCAUGUGUACAAAGCUUGAUUAAAGAAGUAGCUGUUUUAUGAAUAGCUAAGGAUGUGUGGAUGUUCUUCCUAGAAACAGAGUUCCAUGAUGUUGCAGUGAUCCACAACCUCUUCUCCUUCCCGUUUCAGUUUCUUCCCUGAAACUUACUCCAUUCUCGACAACAACAGCUUCCAGAAAAUGAAAAUGAAUAUUAUCAGACGAAUGUUUAACAAAUGAACCAAAACUUGUCCAAUCAUCAUAUUUUUAUUGUCCAAUCAUUAUAUUUUUAUUUGUUUACGACAUCUAAAAUUGUAGAAACAGACUCUGCUUACACACCAAAGCAGUGGUUAAAAAUGCAGUUGAAAUUUACUGAAUUAUAUCGUGACCAAACAGUGAAUCAUUGCACAACACUACUACAGAACAUAUCACUCUGCAGGGUCGGUUGAAACAAUGUUUGAAUUAACAAAAUACGUCGCAACGAUUGAUUUUUUUCUUUUAUGACCAAAAAUUCCAUUGAGCUAAACGCAUUCAACAUCCAAAAAUACUUGACAUAGAUUUUAAAAACAACAUGAGAAAAAACUUGUCUGCUUCGAGGACAUUUAAACAACAAGCAUCUUAAAAAGAAGCUGAUAACGUUUAAC